AUGCCGCUCCGAAGUCAACCUUCAACUCACAGCCCGUGUAAUUGCAUGACCCGCGGCGAUCCUUCUUCGCUAUCCUCUCGCUGGCGGUCGCGGCAUCCGCCCUGCCGGUGGUGCCAGUCGCACAAGGUCGCUUACGCAGAGCCCGAAGCGCCCGCCCACUACGACUUCAGCUACUCCGUCCACGACACCCAGAGCGGCGACAUAAAACAGCAAAGCGAGCAACGCGCCGGCGACUCACUGCAGGGAUCUUACUCGCUGGUCCAGCCCGAUGGCGUUCACCGCAUCGUAGACUACACCGCUGACGAGGUGCACGGAUUCAACGCUGUAGUGCGCUACGAGGGCCACCCCAUCGAGGCCGCCGCGAAGGUCGCCUACGCUCACGCCCCUGUCGCCUACGCGUCCGCCCCGGUCUCCUACGCCGCGCCCGUAGCCAAGCUCGCCUACGCCGCCCCAGUAGCAAAGGUCGCCUACGCCGCCCCCGUAGCUAAGCUUUCUUACGCCGCCCCCGUCGCGAAAGUCGCGUACUCCGCUCCCCUCUCCCAGGUCACCUUCUCUUCUCCCGCCAUCUCCUACCACCAC